AUGCCUGCACAUGCGGUGAUCUACCGGGUCAUCGGUGCCCUUCAGCUCAGGGAGUCGGUUCGCCACAAAGGUAAACCAUGGUUCAUGAACUUUGUUCUCGUGACGGAGAACAAUCCCGAGCCGUUGAUCCAAGAUAAUGUGCGAGCAAGACUCGAAUGGUCUGCGGUUGCUGUUCUCAUUGACGGUCGAUGUUGA